UGGCGGAACAAAGUUACUGUUCGCUGUGGGAGGAGGGUUGUUUUCAAGUUACACACACUAUCAGCGAGAAUCCUGUCAACAAACUUAGAGAGUGGGAUUUAGUACGUUUAUUAAAUGGACAUUUCUUGACAGGUGCCCGAUUAUCUUGAGCAAAACGCUUCCCUGCAGCGUAUUCACCAAGAACAGCAUAAAUGUCCUCUGAGCUCUGACCUCUGGAACCUCCGGCUUUGACCCGGCUUUAUCCUUUGUGGUGAGGUCAUGACUACCAUCAACAUCACCAGAGACGUCCUACAUAGGCAGAUCAGGGACAAGAGAGCACCAGGCUUCCAAAGGAUUUAUCAUGUGACUGACCCUUUCAUCAAGAGACUUGGACUUGAGGCAGAGCUUCAGGGCCAUACUGGUUGUGUGAACUGCUUGGAAUGGAAUGAACGAGGAGAUCUGCUGGCCUCGGGCUCAGAUGAUCAACAUGCUAUCGUUUGGGAUCCAUUCCGACACAAAAAACUUACUACUAUGCACACAGGCCAUGCAGCGAAUAUUUUCUCUGUAAAGUUCCUCCCUCACUCGGGAGACAGAAUUUUGGUGACAGGUGCUGCCGACACAAAGGUCCACGUGCACGACUUGACGGUGAAGGAAACCAUACACAUGUUUUCUGACCAUACAAACAGAGUCAAACGCAUCGCCACAGCACCCAUGUGGCCUAACACUUUCUGGAGCGCUGCAGAGGAUGGCAUCAUCAGGCAAUACGAUUUGAGGGAGAACAGUAAACGUUCAGAGGUACUAAUUGACCUGACGGAGUUCUGCGGUCAGCUGGUUGAAGCCAAAUGUUUGGCUGUCAAUCCCAGAGACAACAACUACUUGGCAGUGGGGGCCAAUGGGCCUUUUGUCCGCCUGUAUGACAUAAGAAUGAUUCAUAACUAUAGGAAAUCUAUGAGUCAGAGCACAUCAGCUGCUGUGCACACAUUCUGUGAAAGCCAGAAGCCCAUUCCAGACGGAGCUGGACAGUAUUAUGUUGCAGGGCACCUACCGGUGAAACUCCCUGACUACAACAACCGCUUGAGGGUGCUGGUGGCAACCUAUGUCACCUUCAGUCCCGAUGGCACUGAGCUUCUCGUUAACAUGGGAGGGGAACAGGUUUAUUUAUUUGACCUGACAUUUAAGCAGAGGCCAUAUACCUUCUUACUUCCAAAAAGGUGUCAGUCAUCAACAGGUGAAGUGAAAAAUGGAAAGACAACCAAUGGUGUAUCCAAUGGAAUUCACUUGGCAACCAGCCAUAUUCGAUUUGCCGGAAGCGCAAUGUACUCCAGUUCCACAGAACUUCCUCCUCAUUUGGAGAAGAUAAAGCAACAAGCUAAUGAUGCAUUUGCACAGCAGCAGUGGACUCAGGCCAUCCAGCUCUACAGUUUAGUCAUCCGUCAGGCCAGCUGCAAUGCCAUGCUGUACGGGAACCGGGCUGCAGCCUACAUGAAGCGCAAGUGGGACGGUGACCAUUAUGAUGCCCUCAGAGACUGCCUGAAAGCUCUGAAUCUCAACCCGGGGCAUUUGAAGGCUCAUUUCAGGCUGGCACGGUGUCUGUUUGAGCUGAAGUAUGUGGCAGAAGCUCUGGAGUGUCUGGAUGAUUUUAAGGGGAAGUUUCCAGAGCAGGCACACAGCAGUGCAUGUGAUGCUUUGGAUAAAGAUAUCAAGGCCGCUCUCUUCACCAAGACAGAGUCAGCAGAAGAUAAGAAGUCCAACAGUUCCAUUCGCUUCCAUUCGUUCAGUCGGAAGGAGUCCAUUCCUGAAGACGAGCUGGUGUUGAGGGAGCGAAGCUUUGACUACAAGCACCGAUACUGUGGUCACUGCAACACCACCACCGAUAUCAAAGAGGCUAACUUCUUUGGAAGCAAAGGCCAGUACAUUGUCAGCGGUUCAGAUGAUGGCUCCUUCUUUAUCUGGGAAAAGGAAACAACUAAUUUGGUGAGAAUUCUACAGGGGGAUGAGUCCAUAGUCAACUGCCUCCAACCCCAUCCCUCCUACUGCUUCCUGGCUACAAGUGGCAUUGAUCCUGUGGUCCGGCUGUGGACCCCCAGGCCAGAGACUGAGAAUGAGAACGGGCGAGUGGUGGAGGACAUGGAAGGUGCCGCGCAGGCCAACCAGAGGCGUAUGAACGCUGACCCCCUGGAGGUAAUGCUGCUCAACAUGGGUUAUCGCAUCACAGGCCUGCGUGGCGUCGUUCCAGAUGGUUCUGAUGACGAGGACAGCUCAGAGGGACAAGUGCAGUGUCGGCCAAGCUAAAAACAACAACAAAAAAGAUGACAUAAAUCGUUAGCCAUUCUGUAGGUUGGAGGUAGGAAGAAAAUUGCUCUCCAGGCUCCUCUUUGAACUGUAAUUUCCCCGGUCUGACAGAAACAUUGAGUGAAUGUCAUGUCACAUCUCUGCACUAUGCAUCACCCUCCUCUGUCCUGCAAGAGGACUCGUGGAGACAACUUUUGGGGAGGCAGAGGAUUUCACCGAGGGAAGAGGAGAUGCCAGCUCGCUCCUUCCAUGCACCGGCACCACCUCUGCCCAUUCCUCUGCGGUCCUCGGGGGGUUGGGAGGGGGCACAUUUGACAUAACUCCCCAGCGUCUCAAAAAGGAGGAGGAGGAGGAGUUCAGCACUUAACCUUCUUCAGGUUUAAGUUGAAGACACACUGAAGGAGCAGCCCACUGUCUGGCGACCUAUUUUCAGGUCUGUCUCUCCACAUGCUCGCCAUGUUCUCCGUGGAGGACGAACACGGCGCGUCGUCGUGUAUUCUGUCUGCUCUACAGAUGGAGGAGUGUCGGUGGUCGCUCUUCUCUGAAAGGCUGCACACCCACAUCUUUAUUUCUGCCUCAGACUUGCUCAUGUCUCACGGGAAGGCAACACUUUAAAUUGUCACUUUGGGGGAAAUUUCCAGGUGUUUGGGCAGUGACGAAUCAUGUUAAGAGUAAAGCCUUUGAUAAGAUCACAUUGCUGCUUCUUCCAAAGGAUGUCAUCUGUCAUUUCAUUGGCCAAGGAUUAAUGUUUAGUGUUCUCUGUUUCAGGGAAACAGGAUUUUGUCGUAUUAUAGUUUCAAAGUUUUAUUUCACUAUGUUGAUAAUAUUAACAAAAUGUUACCAAGAAAAUAUCAAUGAAUGCUUAAUUUUAUAAUAGACUUCAUUUUAAAGUCCCAUUGUUCACAAAAUGUUGAGAUGUAGUUUGGCGUGGAUUGUCAGUGUGAAACCUUUCAGGCGUGGACGGGGCACUUGGUCCAGCUGGGGGAGCAGUUCCAGUUUUUUCGUGGAACUGUUCUGUUUGUUGGCGAUGACGGGGCUUUGCUCUGACAGCUAUGUGGUUCUGGCUGGAGUUCUUUGCUGUAGUCAGACCUUCAGCCCUGCUUGCACGUGGCUUGUUUGGCCAUAGCACUAGAUAAGAGAGUUGGAGCCACACAUUCUGCGCUCAGAAACCAACUCAUUGGGCUUUCUUUGCCCACAGCUAUGGUAAAUUUAAAGAAUGGGUCUUCAACAACAUGCAACAUGAGGCUUCCAUGUGUUUUGCUUUAACUCAUUUGAGAUACUCUGUUUUCUUUAAGGAAUUCUGCAAUUGCCUUUCAUGCAAAAAAAAGGAAAGAAUAAAAUAAUUUAACACC